AUGCCACCGUCGAGCUUGGAGCUCUCUGCAACCGCACCCCAACGCGGCUGCCACCGCCAGCUCUCGCCUGAGCAAAACGAAAUGAGUCGCCAACGGUCGCGCGUCUACUACGCCCAGCAUAAGGCCAAGGUGCUCGCCAAGCUCAAGGCGCGAUACGACCUUCAUCGCGACCAAGAGCGCGCACGCCGACGAGCGCUCUACGCGCGCAACAAGGCCAUUCGCACCAUGUACUAUCAGUCGUCGUCGCCAAGCCUCCACUCUCUCGCGUUUGUCCUCAACUAG